UUAGGGCAUUCCAAUUUUACCAUUUUACGUAAAGUACAUUAAUAUGGUAUAGACGAGUUUGCCCCCAACCAUUUUCCCCAACUCAUUUUCAAAAUCCAGCCCAUUUCCUCAGGUGAAAACAGACUAGGGUUUCGAUCGAGAGAGAGAGAGAGAGAGAGAUCGCUUGUUCUGAUGAAAAAAGUUCCGAUGAAGGAACCGGAAACGGUUUCAAUGAAGAAACAGGAAAAGAAGAAGAAAUUGCAAGUGCAAAAAGUUCUGAUGAAAGAACCGGAAAAUAAACCAAAAUGUUUUAGUCCAGGAGGAAUGGAAAUUUGGUACAACGGAGAUCCGACCCUCGAUGAUCCUGAUUCCAUGCGAAUUAUGAAAAAAUGUGCCCAAUUAGUUAUUGAUCUCUUCAACCAAACACAUAUCAACAAAUACAGUUUUGUGAAAAUGGUGCACGCAACUGCAAUUAGAUUCGGAACUUCGAUGUUGCAUAUGGCUUUUAAGGUUAAGCCCGAGCCGCCGGAGGAGGGUAAGAAACCGAUAACUGUUCGGGCCGAGGUUUCCCUGAGAAAUGAUUAUGUAGAGUACAUUGAAUUUCCAGAGGAUCAAGACAAUUUGCCCAUGAGAAUUUUUCCUCUGGGCUCUGUCAUUUAUGAUGGAGAAGAUCCCACCUCCUGUGAUGCUCAUACUAUUAAAAUGAUCCAGGGAUGCGCCGAUUUAGCUCUUCAAGUCUACGACAAGAUCCAAGCUAACAUAUACAGUAUGGGGGAUCUGGGGCGUGCAACUAGACAUUUAUCGACCACAGGCUCUAUGGUGGAUUUGGUGUUUACCGCUAAGUCUCGUUAUGAUGUUUUCAUAACUCUCGAAGCUCGGGUUUCCGUCACACAUAACUAUGUUGAGUUUGUUGAUCUUGUCCGUCCUCGCCUGCCGUAGGCAAUCAAGAAUGCUUAUGGCUAUGAGACUUUUGUUCCAAAUUCGUUCCAGAAGCGAUUUCAACAUUUUACCGACAUAAUAUUUUCAUUAGUGUUUUUGUGCAGGGGGCAUCACUUGUGAGGCACUAGUUCAUCAAGUUAUUGGAUACAUAUAUAGAUUUUCCUUUUUUUUUUUUUUGGUUGCAGAAUUUGGAUGAACAUAUGCAUUUAUCUUUUUAACUUCGAUGCAUAUGUUACUAUAUUCAUAUAUCUUUGUUACCGGUUA